CGACGAGGUGUCAGAAACAAUCGAAAGACAAACGAUAGUCUCGAAUGUAGACCGACUGUAGGCUGACAUGACACUUGUGCUGCUAGCAGUUGCGGUGUCUUGUGUUUUCUAAUUUCAUUAAGUGUCGUAUCAUCUGUUUUGAAAAUGACUACGGACGCAGUGAGGGAGAAGGCCCUCCAGGACUAUCGGAAGAAGCUUCUGGAACACAAAGAAAUUGAAAGUCGUUUGAAAGAAAUGAGAGAGCAGCUGAAGGAACUAACUAAGCAGUAUGACAAGUCAGAAAAUGAUUUGAAAGCUCUUCAGAGUGUUGGACAGAUUGUUGGAGAAGUCUUGAAGCAACUCACUGAAGACAAAUUUAUUGUAAAAGCAACAAAUGGUCCAAGAUAUGUUGUUGGCUGCCGCCGCCAGCUGGAUAAAGAAAAGCUCAAGUCAGGCACUCGUGUUGCUUUAGAUAUGACAACUCUUACCAUAAUGCGAUACCUUCCCCGUGAGGUUGAUCCCUUGGUAUACAACAUGUCACAUGAAGACCCUGGGGAUGUCACCUAUUCAGUCAUCGGUGGUCUCAGUGAACAAAUUCGUGAACUACGUGAGGUGAUAGAGCUUCCUCUUCUAAAUCCUGAGCUCUUCCAAAGAGUUGGAAUCACUCCACCCAAAGGAUGCUUGCUGUAUGGUCCUCCUGGUACAGGGAAAACACUCCUGGCUCGAGCUGUUGCGAGUCAGUUGGAUGCAAACUUUCUCAAAGUGGUUUCCAGUGCAAUUGUAGAUAAAUAUAUUGGUGAAAGUGCUCGCCUCAUCAGAGAAAUGUUCAAUUAUGCUCGGGACCAUCAACCCUGUAUUAUUUUCAUGGAUGAAAUUGAUGCCAUUGGUGGCCGUCGGUUUUCUGAGGGAACAUCGGCUGAUCGAGAAAUCCAGAGAACUUUAAUGGAGCUUCUCAACCAGAUGGACGGUUUUGAUUCAUUAGGACAGGUCAAAAUGAUUAUGGCAACAAAUCGUCCGGACACACUUGAUCCUGCCUUGCUUCGACCUGGUCGUUUGGAUCGCAAAAUUGAAAUUCCUUUACCUAAUGAGCAAGCUCGGCUUGAAAUUCUUAAGAUUCAUGCAACUCCAAUCUCCAAACAUGGUGACAUAGAUUAUGAAGCUGUUGUGAAGCUGUCAGACACAUUUAACGGUGCUGAUUUACGCAAUGUGUGCACAGAAGCUGGUGUAUUUGCUAUUCGUGCUGAGCGUGAGUGGGUUAUUCAGGAAGAUUUCAUGAAAGCAGUAAGGAAAGUCGCUGAUAAUAAGAAACUUGAAUCCAAACUUGAUUAUAAACCCAUCUAAAAUGUGUGUACAAAGUUCAGGAUAUUAACCCUUAGGUAUAUUUAUAUGUUGUGUGCAAGACAAGUGAUACUUUUGCUGACAAUUUGUCACUUGUGUACUGUUAUGUAUGAAAGUUUCCUCACAUGUCAUCUUUAUCCCUUAAAUAUAAAAUUUAUCUUAAA